AACAGCAUAUCUAUCUCACUCUUUCUUUCACCACCUCCACCGCGUUUUCUGUCCAUUCCGGCCAACAUAUUUUUAUAAGUUGUUGCCACCAUUUCCAUAGACAUUCCUUACAAGCUACUUCCCAAAACCAACAAACCCACCCUUCAUAUACACAUACUUACAUCCAACACCACCAAACCCCCAUAAAAAAAUUAGUGGAUUUUAACCAAAAUCCCCCAAAAAAAUUCUGGGUUUGAACCAAAAUCCAAUAAAGAUUCGGGGGUUUUAACUAAAAUUCUAAAAAGAUUUCUUGGUGUGAAAAAAGAUCAAAUUUUGAGUUAUGGGAAAUAGAGAUCUUGAAAGCAGGGGAAGGAGUUCAAAGAACAGAGUGGGUGUACAACCAUCAUCAAAUUAUUACACAUCAACAUCUCCAUACUACACUGAAUCACUAGAAACACAAUGGACAUCUUGGCUUGUUCCAAUGAUUGUUGUUGCAAAUGUAGCUAUGUUUGUUGUUAUUAUGAUAAUUAAUAAUUGUCCCAAAAAUCAUAAUAAUACAAAUGUUCAAGGAAAGUGUGUUGCUAGGUUUUUGGGCAGGCUUUCUUUUCAGCCACUUAAAGAAAAUCCACUUUUUGGACCUUCUUCUUCAACACUGGAAAAGUUAGGAGCUCUUGAGUGGAAAAAGGUGGUUGAGGAAAAUCAAGCAUGGAGACUAGUCUCAUGUAUCUGGUUACACGCUGGAGUUAUUCAUCUACUUGCAAACAUGUUGAGCUUGAUCUUCAUUGGGAUUCGUCUUGAACAACAAUUUGGCUUUGCACGGGUAGGGAUAAUCUAUAUGCUGUCUGGAAUUGGUGGGAGCAUACUAUCAACUCUAUUCAUAAAGAGCAACAUUUCGGUCGGUGCUUCUGGUGCUCUUUUUGGACUUCUUGGAGCAAUGUUAUCAGAACUUCUUACUAACUGGACUAUUUAUGCCAACAAGGCUGCAGCUCUGAUCACACUUUUGGUCAUCAUUGUGAUCAAUUUAGCAGUGGGAAUUCUACCUCAUGUUGACAACUUUGCCCAUAUUGGAGGUUUUUUAGCCGGAUUCCUUCUUGGUUUUAUACUGCUUGUCCGUCCUCAAUUUGCUUGGCAAGAACGCCGCCAUCUCCCUGUUGAGGCUCGUGGAAAAUCCAAGUAUACAGUUUUCCAAUAUGUUUUCUGGAUUCUUUCCAUGAUCUUAUUGAUUGCUGGAUUUGCCGUGGGAUUGGUAAUGCUUUUAAAAGGAGAGAAUGGCAAUGAUCAUUGCAGCUGGUGUCAUUACUUAAGCUGUGUGCCUACCUCAAGAUGGCACUGUAACAACCGAUAAUCAAGAUUGAGACUUCCAUUCGUCAUCAUUUUUAUGAUUUUAUUCUUUUGUUCUUAUACUCGGUAGUUACUAUCUGAUCUGACACUGCUUUCGGUUUUCUGUUGUGUAAAGUUGUAGAUUUUGAUGUUUAUGCUGGUAAUUCCUAUGUCAAAUUCUGAUU